GCAGCAUCCCCAUCCUCAGCUGUCACUUAUAUCACAUCACACAAACGCCUGGUGUGUUUUUAGUCAACUGAACAUCAGCCACAUGGCAUCAGCAGGAAAAUCCUGGUAAAUUAAAUCAUACAAACAGCGAUGAGUCGUGAUCUGUAAACCCACAGUGACCCGUGUUUGCUGGGCGAAACACACCCCACGGAGUACCCCGAUAUUGUUCAGGGGAAAUAAUGGCUGCUCAGGAACCGUCUCCACCAUCUUCCCUGGAAGGCGUCAGACCGGGCUUCCCAAAGAAAAUCCUGGCCAACAGCCUCGAAGACAAGCAUCUGUGCAACUCGUGCCACAAGGUCCUGAGAAGACCCCUGCAAGCUCAGUGCGGCCAUCGCUUCUGCUCCUUCUGCUUUAACAAGAUAGUGAGUUCUGGACCACAGAAAUGCAGUGCUUGCAUCAAAGAAGAUUUAUUUGAAGAACCCACCUCUAUCCUCAAGCAAGGCGGUGCUUUCCCUGAUAAUGCAGCUCGGAGAGAAGUGGAGUCCCUGGCAGCUGUUUGUCCUAAUGAGGGAUGCACGUGGACGGGAACUAUCAAAGAAUUUGAGGCGAGUCAUGAGGGCAACUGUGACUUCAUGAUCAUCCUGUGUCCUUCCUGUAAAGAGCUGAUGAGAGCCAACGAACAGGAACGCCACAACGAGAGAGAAUGUCCAGAAAGGACACUCAACUGCAAAUACUGCAAAGAACCCUUCCUGUUGAAGAACAUCAAGGCUCAUGACGAAAUCUGUCCAAAGUACCCGAUGAUUUGUGAAGGUUGUGCAAAGAAAAAGAUCCCCAGAGAAAAGUAUGUGGACCAUAUUAAGUUCUGCAGUAAAUUUAAAGCUCCAUGCAGAUUUCAUGUUGUUGGCUGCGAUACGUCUGUGGAGAAAGAGAAGAUUCAUGACCAUGAACGGCAGUGUUCCUAUGAACAUCUCAACCUGCUCCUGCAUUUCAUCAUGGGCAUCAAGGUGAGCCUUGAGAGCCUGCAGCCCCAGAGCCUUGAUGUGGCCAGCCACAAGCUUCAGGAACUCCACCAGUCCCUGAGGGACCUGGAGCAGAAGAUGAGCCAGCUGGGUGGUGGCGGUGGUGCAGCUCCCGUGCUCGGUGCGUGCGCCCCGACUCUAACUACCUCCUUCACCCCACUGCCAAGUGCGGUAGGUGCCGCCCUGGAGCUACAGCUCCAGAGUGAAAAGACCAAGGUGGCGGAGCUGAGCCGGCGCUGCCAGGAACUGGAGCUCAAAGUUGGCACGUUUGAGAACAUUGUCUGCGUCCUCAACCGAGAGAUGGAGCGCUCCUGCACCACCAUGGAGGCCUACAAUCGUCAACACCGGCUGGACCAGGACAAGAUAGAGAUCCUCAACAACAAGGUUCGUCAGCUGGAGAGGACUGUGAGUCUUAGAGACCUAUCCAUCGUGGAGAUGGAGGGGAAAAUGAGAGAGAUGUCUGCUGCUACGUAUGAUGGCAUCUUUGUCUGGAAGAUCUCAGAUUUCACCAAGAAGAGGCAGGAUGCUGUGGCUGGCCGUGCCCCUGCCAUGUUCUCUCCUGCCUUUUAUACCAGUAAAUACGGCUACAAGAUGUGCUUGCGGAUAUACCUGAACGGUGAUGGGACAGGCCGAGGGACCCACUUGUCUCUGUUCUUUGUGGUGAUGAGAGGACACAGCGAUGCACUCCUGAAGUGGCCUUUUAAUCAGAAGGUCUCCCUAAUGCUGCUUGACCAGAACAACAGAGAGCACAUAAUUGAUGCCUUCCGGCCCGACAUCUCCUCCUCGUCCUUCCAGAGGCCCGUCAGUGAUAUGAACAUCGCCAGCGGCUGUCCACUCUUCUGUUCGCUCUCCAAACUGGACUCUAAAAACUCCUACAUACGCGAUGAAACCAUCUUCAUCAAGGCCAUCGUUGACCUCACAGGACUCUAGGCAAAAGAUAAUGGCAUAAGUCCAACCCUGCCUUUUGUUGAACAGGCUUUUGUAUCAUCAUUUACAGGCAUUUCUCUGUGAGGUUCUGUCGAGUUCUUUGUGGUUUUGUUAAGGAUUUUUGGUGGCAGUAUGUGAAAACGGAUCAGACAAAUCUGAGAGACAUACAUUCCUGUUAGGGUUUGUGGAUGGACCCAGGAUGCAGUGGUUGUAACAAAAAGGGUAUUUAAUAUAAAAAGAGUCCUUAAACAAGACAAAAACAAAACAUAAACACUACAGGGUGACACUGGAGACAAGAAAUACUAGAGAGGAGCAGAAGCUGAAUGGCAAGGCGCACAGGGAACACAGAACAAGAACGGGAAAGUUGGCGAGAAAGCGAGACACGAAAACCCAUAAAUGACCACGAGUAAAACGAGUGCAACAACGAGUACGAACCGACAAAGGGCAAAGGGGAACACAGAGGCUUAAAUAGAGACACAGCUAUCCACAGGUGCAACACAUGAGGACUGGGAAAAACAAUCACCAAGACAGGAUGUGACACAUCCAAGAAGCUGGAACAACACACAAGGAAAGCGAGACUACAAAAUAAAACAGGAAACAGAAAACACAGAAAUCCACAAAAAAGGAAAAUGACAGAACGUCACACAUUCCAAGACAUAGAAAAAAUACUAUACUUGUGAAAUAAGUAGAAAACAUUGUUACAAUGGUUACAAACAUUGUCUGUAAUCUCUAUGGCUUUUUGUACCAUAGAUGAGGUUGUCCAUGUUCAGUUCCACUACAAAAUGACCUGAUUUUACCGAGAGGUUCAAAGUGAUUUAACAAGGAUUUUAUGUCCAUUCACCUUUAAAUCUUGGUUUUUAAUUCAUAAUAUUAAUAAUAUUAAUGUUAAAUUCUAAAGAUUGCACAUUUGAAAACUAUGGACUUGAAAAGAUGAUAUGGUUAACUUGUUAGCAAAUUAUUUCUUAUGAACACAUCCAGCAGACACAGAGUAACAUCAGCAUUCAACAGGUGUUGCUACUCUGGCAACCAGAGAAAUUAAAUAUGAAUUAUCCUUUGAGCUCAGUUUUGGUCUCAACUCCUUGCUCUUUUGCUUGCUUGCUACUACGUUCACCAGCUAGCCGCUAGCUUUGUCUGCCGUUUAGUGCUGGACCGGUAGUGUACAAUGGGUUUAUCAAAGCUUUCAUUUAGAAUGAAAACAGCUGCCUGAUGCUGCUAUAGGGUACCAGGUAGAUGAAAGUGGUGAGACAAAUUAAAAAAAAAAGUAGUUUAAAGAUGCUAUGAGGGACCGCUUUUGCAUUACCUAGGGGUUAGGCUGGAGUUCCUGCAGCAGAUGACCCAUUGUUAAUGUAAAAAUAUUUGUAGUGCUGCUAUCAAAAAAAAAAUUGUCUGUCAAACUACUACUACUUGUAUUUCUGUUUCCUGAUGUUCCCCUGGGGUUUUUGUAUUGUAUUUUUGUAUUUUGAAAGUUUGAAAUUUCAAACACGAAUAUAUUUCCUUUUAUUGUUUUUUAUUAUUAAAAACUGAAAACACUGAGCCAUGAAAGUACUGGCUUUGU